CCAGUGGCUCAAAGUAGACUCUCACUCUGUUCUGCCUUUUAAACCCUCAGCUCCUGUCGCUGGCAAAGAUGACUCAUCUCACAGCACUUUUUAAGUAUGUGGACGAACACCAGGAUCUGUAUGUGCAGCGCCUCGCAGAGUGGGUGGGAGUCCAGAGUGUGUCUGCUUGGCCGGAGAAGCGCGGGGAGAUCAAGAAGAUGAUGGAGAUGGCAGCCAAGGACAUUGAGAAGCUGGGGGGAACAGUGGAAUUGGUGGAUAUCGGCAAACAGCAGCUUCCCUCUGGAGAGGAGAUCCCCCUGCCGCCUAUUGUCCUGGGUCGUCUGGGGUCAGACCCGGGCAAGAAGACUGUUUGUAUCUACGGCCACCUUGAUGUCCAGCCAGCCAGUAUUGAUGAUGGAUGGGAUACAGAACCUUUUACUCUGGUGGAAAAAGAUGGUAAACUCUACGGAAGAGGUUCUACUGAUGACAAGGGACCAGUGUUGGCCUGGUUUAACUGCAUUGAGGCAUACCAGAAGAUCCAGCAGGAGCUUCCAAUCAACAUCAAAUUCUGCUUCGAGGGGAUGGAGGAGUCUGGAUCUGAGGGCCUGGACAAACUGGUGUUUGCUCGAAAAGACACCUUCUUCAAAGAUGUGGACUAUGUCUGCAUCUCUGACAACUAUUGGCUGGGCAAGACCAAACCCUGCAUCACCUACGGCCUGAGAGGAAUCUGCUACUUCUUCAUUGAGGUGGAGUGCGGUGACAAGGACCUACACUCAGGGGUGUUUGGCGGCUCUGUUCAUGAAGCCAUGACCGACCUGAUAGCGCUCAUGGGCUCCUUGUUAGACAGGAAGGGGAAGAUUUUGGUUCCUGGGAUAAACAACGACGUGGCCCCUCUUACAGAAGAGGAGAGAAAGCUUUAUGAGAAGAUUGAUUUUGACUUGGGAGAGUACUGCAGAGACGUUGGAGUUGAGCAGCUGCUGCAUGAAACAAAGGAGCAAAUCCUAAUGCACCGCUGGAGAUACCCAUCUCUUUCUCUUCACGGUAUUGAGGGAGCGUUCUCUGAAGCAGGGGCCAAGACUGUUAUCCCCCGCAAGGUCAACGGCAAGUUCUCUAUCCGCCUUGUCCCCGACAUGGACCCCAAAGUUGUGGAGAAGCAGGUAGUGGAUUACCUGCAGAAAAAGUUUGCUGAACUGGGAAGCCCCAACAAAAUGAAAGUGUGCAUGGGCCACGGAGCCAAGGCCUGGGUCUCUGACUUCAACCACCCGCACUACAUGGCUGGUCGAAAGGCCAUGAAAACAGUCUUUGGCGUGGAGCCUGACCUGACUCGUGAGGGUGGAAGCAUCCCCGUCACGCUGACCUUUCAGGAGGCCACAGGACGUAACGUCAUGCUGCUCCCUGUAGGAUCCUCUGAUGAUGGAGCUCACUCCCAGAAUGAAAAGAUCAACAGAACCAACUACAUUCAGGGAAUCAAGAUGCUUGGUGCAUACUUCCAUGAGGUUUCCCAGCUGGAAUAAAGUGAUGUCUCAUUUUGAAAAUCCAAAUCCAUCCUCACCGUCAGAGCCAUAGCUUUUGUGGUAUCAUUUACUUUUAUAUACAGUGCCUCCCAAAAAUAAAAAUGUUUUCCUUU